AUGGAAAAUUGCAAAGAGACAGCUACUCCAAUGUGUCUGAAGGAGAAGUUGAGUAAGAAUGAUGAAGCUGAAAAUGUGGAUGAGACUCUUUACAGGAGUUUGGUUAGCUGUCUCAUGUAUCUUACUGCAACUAGAUCCGACAUUUUAUAUGUUGUAAGUCUUCUAUCUAGAUUUAGUAAUUGUGCAGCUGACACUCAUUUUAGAGCAGCUAAAAGGGUGAUAAGAUAUGUUAAAGGAACAUUGAAUUUUGGAAUCAAGCUCUAUGCGAAUAAGAAGUAUGUGUUGCAGGGGUAUUCUAGUAGUGAUUGGGGUGGCUCUUCCGAUGACAUGAAACUGGUUGUUGUUUUAAUCUUUGUUCAGGAGUAUUUUCUUGAUGUUCUAAGAAGCAAGAGAUUGUUGCACAAUCAAUGGCUGAAGCUGAAUUCAUAG